AUAUAUGGGUGGGUGACCAGCCCUUCCAACAAGUGCAAUUAUACCGCGAGGUCGGUAUAAAAUUCGAUCCCUCCCCGAUCAUAGAUCCGGUCAAUAUUAACAUCAAUGGAUUUGUAAACAUCCAACACAGGAGAUGGGUUAGGUGGAUGCGUAAGGAGAGGAAGCAGUACGCAAUUUUCAUAACAUGGCAGAAGAAUCCGUCGACGGUGAUGACAUCUUCCAUUUAAGAAAGCUGUUCGGGAUGGAGGGGUGGGAGGAGGAGGAAGACUGGAAUGAUGACAUCGAAAUACCCUAUGAGAUAAAUUUGCACACAAAGGAGCGGGAGGAGGAAUGGGUGGCAUGGUUAAAAGAAAAUUGGGAUGAUGACAUCGAUGCUAUAUUGGAGACAUCGGGGGAGGAUCUAGAAAAAGGAUUGAGGAUUGAGGAAGAGGAUGAUGAUAUCCAAAUUGUAUUCGAGAGAAAGAGGUUGCGGAGGGACGACGAUGAUGACGAGGAUGUCGUAUUCCUCUGUGAACGGAAACGCAUGAGGUUCGCGGAGGAAGACGAUGAGGAGUGCGAGGAGGAGUGCGAGGAGGACGAAGAGGAACAGGAGCGGAGAUGACAAAAAUUAUAAAAAUAAAAAAAACAUGUACAAAACACACACACACACACAUUUAUCAAAAAAUAAAAAAACGUUAUAGAAAAUAAUUACAAUUUAUUCGCUUCCUCCAUCACCCCUUCCGUCUUUUCUACCUGCUCCUUCACCACCACUACCUGCUCCUUUUACGCUAGUUAAGGGGUCAGGCCACCUUGAAACCUUCAAAUUUUCAAAAACAAUUUUUGGGUUAAUUAAUUUCUUUUUAAAUUAUUUUAAUACUUCAAAGUAUGGCAAAUACAUAUACAAAACGAAAUUAUGAUUGUUGUUAAGAUACAUUCCACAGAAAUUCACGAUAAUAGUCCAAGUUUCAAGCAAAUAUAUAGAAACUCGAUUAGCCGAUGAACGUCCUUAAAAAGAAGCUGCGAUCGUCUAUAUUACCGACAUGAGUAAGCGAUUUUUAUGGGGAUCUUGAGUAUCCCGUAUUACCGGUAAAAAAGAUUUUUUUAAAAUGUCAUUCCAUUGGUAAUACAGACGAUUGCAGCGUCCCUUAAUACUUUGAAUGUCUCAUAGAUGCAUUCGUGUGAGGAAAAUGGGAAAUAGGUGUGGAAAAAUAAUAUUAUAAUUUAUGCUUAGAACAGUAUUUUUAUUAAUAAUAAUAAUAAUAUUUUUACAAGUUAUAUCUGUAGCUUACUAAAAAAAUAGAGCCAACAGUUCACAAUCCAUAAUGUGAUUCUCAUCGAAACAAUCGCUGGCGCGUAUGGCGUUCGAUACAUUUCUAGGGUUGGUGGACGCCAUGUUUGAAAAUUGUGUGAACUUUGUGUCGACUUUAUCGACCAUACGGUUCAAGCGGUCGAACAUCAAAUUGCUACAUCGGUCCAGGUUGAACAUGGUGAAGAACGUCGAUUCGGUCAUCACCAAACGUACAUUGGAUGAUUCCAGAUAUAUGAGUUUUGUAUCAGAUACUGGACUCUCACUGAUUCGCACCGUCAACGGUCCAACGCUGAUAGGGCGGUCGCGAACAUCCUUGCGGAGACGGUUCUGAAUAUCCCAUCGCUGUUCGUAGAGUCCUUUCCACGUUUCGAGAGACAUGAUCAACUCGUUCCCUCGAUUAUCUCCUAUCGCAAUCUCGACAUAGCUCGACGGACCAACGUUGAUGCCGAU